GUUAAGUAACCUCAAAUGUUGUUUACGUCUUUGCAAAGAUCAAAAAUAUCUAAUAAGAUUUAUAUUUUCCUGGUUUUAAAUCUAAGAAUAUUUGCAUUAUGACUGUAUAUUUAACAAGAUUGGUAAUACCUACUUUCCGAUCCGUGGCAAACACUAGAUUUGUGACUACUUGCUUCUCGCCUAUACAACCGGCUAAAAAGCUUCUGUUUCCUGAGAAAAAUGGUUUAUUUUGCGUCGGACAGCAGCUCUUUAGAAACUAUUCAGUGGAUAGUAUCCAACCUACGACCAUGGCUCUUGAUAAUACGAGUUUACCAUUGAAAAAGAAGACCUCCUACAAAAAGGUGGUUUUGGAAGAUUUGACCAAAACAGAAGGGCAAUUUUUAACUUUGGCUUACGCUACAGCGAAUUGCUAUGAUCUAAAGUCUCUUAAAGAGGGUCUGGUGCAGCAGAAGCUGUAUGAACCGGGAACGUUAAAAACUCAAGAAGUAGGCAAUGUAGUGGUGGCAAGUCCAGUGUACCGAGUAGGUGAUGAGCCGAGAGAGAUUAUAUUCUUUCAGGAAGGGGCUGUUGUGUUUUGGAACUGCACUGAAUUGGAAGCUAAUAAUGUGUUGGAUUUUAUUCGACCGUUUGAAAUGGAAAGUUAUCCAAGAGAUGUGGUCACAAGGGAGAGAGAAAUCAUGACAUAUCAAUAUAACACAAAUGCUAAAAAGUGUUCUCUUCAAGAGUCAUGCUUCGUUCUAGUGCAAAAUAGCGACAAUUCACUGGAGAGAUAUUCUUUCAGUCACGCCAUGGCUCAGUCAGCGCGGCUGGGUGCGUGGGAAGCGCGCCUGGAAGCCCUCGCGGCUUCCGUGCGGGCGCACACUGAGGUCAUGGAGAAAGUGGGUGCUGCUCACGUGGAGAAGAAAGAGGUGGUACGCAAGCUGGGCCAGUUGCUGUCGCUGCGACACCGCAUCAACGUGGAGUCGGACCUGCUGGACACGCCGGACUGCUAUUGGGAGGACGAGCGGCUGGAACAGCUGUACUCCAGCACCGUGGCCUACUUCACCAUCCCCAGGCGAACCAGGGUGCUGAACGAGCGUCUGGCGCACUGCGUUGAGCUGCUAGAGCUGCUGUCGGCGUGGGCGGCGGACCGGCACCACGUGCGCCUCGAGUGGAUGGUGAUCGCACUCAUCUUGGCCGAAGUGUUGUUCGAGCUGCUGCACUGCUUCGAGCGCUACGUGUGGGCCGAGCGUGCUCCGCUCCGGCACCAGCUGUAGAGAGUAUAUCAAGGGAUCUGCUGGACAUCAGCCUCUCCUGCCCUACAUGCUCUUAUUGCAGAGGCAUUAAGUCCUUAAGGAAUUCUUGUUCGUAACGCAACGAAGCUCGCCAGCUCGGUGCCAAACUUUCCGAGCAUUUUGUUGUUUUCCAUGCCCUAUAUUGUUUAAUCCAGCACGAAUUGAAUGAUUGGGUAAAAUAAGAAAAUUGUGAUUAACA